AUGGCUGCUUCGGGAACCAGCAUCUCCAUUGACAGCGGUAGCACCUUCACUGAUAUCUACGCAUCGGUUCCUGGUAAAUCUGAAGAUAUCACUUUGAAGUUGCCUUCCGCCGACCCGCAAAAGUACCAUGACGCACCAACAGAGGGUAUUCGUCGUGUACUCGAGAUUGCUAGCGGGAGCCAGAUACCACGCGGACGGCCACUUGACUUGAGUGAAGUGAAGAGUAUCCGCAUGGGUACGACGGUGGCGGCAAAUGCUCUGUCAGAAGGAAAGGGCGAACGGUCUGCUUUGGUGAUCACAAAGGGAUUCCGUGAUAUUCUCUUGCUUGGUGACCAAGCACCGCUUGACCUCUUCGGCUUCACCGUUCCGAAGCCAAUGGCGUUGUACGAGAAGGUUCUUGAGGUAGACGAGCGAGUAAUCUUGGAACCCCCUCCAGACUAUCCGGGAGGCAAAGUGGCCAAUGUUGAACCGGGUACAAAAUUUGACACAGGCAUCUCGCAGCAAGUUAUACGGAUCGUGAGAGAACCGUAUUGGGGUAUCGUUGAAGAGCAGUUUGUCGAAAUGCAUGACCGUGGCAUCCGAAGUGUAAGCAUCUGCCUCAUGCACAGUUCUGUCUAUCCAAACCAUGAGUUUAGACUGGCAGAUCUGGCCAGGAAGGCUGGUCUCAAUGUGACAGUCAGUUCCCUUCUGAAUCCAAAGAUUGGAUUGGUCUCACGCGCCGAAUCGGCUACCUUGCACGCAUACAUAACACCGAUCAUACGAAAACAUGUCGAGCAUUUUAGAGACUUGUUUGUUGGUCAGCAAAGGGAUUCCACUCUUCCCCCGUGCGAAUUUAUGCAGAAUGAUGGAACAAUGGCUCAUAUACACGAUAUUGUGGGGAGCAAGGGUAUUCUGUCCGGUUCGGUGGGUGGCCUGCUAGGAUAUGCUUCGACCUGUUAUGAUCGAUCAUCCGGCAAGCCGCUCAUUGGCUUUGAUAUGGGCGGUACAUCAACAAAAAUAUCGCGGUUUGCGGGUGAAUACGAACGUGUAACGACAACGCUGGCCGGUAAUACCAUCGAGUUGCCUCAGCUAAACAUCAACACUAUUGCGACUGGCGGGAACUCUCAAUUAUACUGGUCAAACGGGUCAGCGGAAGUAGGGCCAGACAGUGCCGGUGCACAACCUGGGCCAGCUUGUUAUCGGAAAGGGGGACCCCUAACAGUCUCAGAUGCGAACCUGCUCUUGGGCCGCUUGGUACCAGAGUGUUUCCCCAAGGUCUGUGGACCAAAUGGGGACAAUAGGCUUGAUAUUUCAGUGACCAGAAGGAUGUUCAACGGCCUAUGUUCAAAUAUUAACAAUAGUGCUAAUCCAGAGGCAACUAAGUUGACCCCAGAGCAAGUGGCACUCAAGUUCUUGCAGAUUGCAGAAGAGAAUAUGUGUCGCGCUAUUCGCAGGCAGACAGAAACACGAGGUUACGAGGCUAGUAGCCAUGACCUCGUUGCAUUUGGUGGUGCUGCAGGCCAGCAUGCUUGCUUCAUUGCAUCCUCUUUGGGCAUCAACCGGGUCAUCCUGCAUCAUCGCAGCUCUAUGCUAUCCGCGUACGGCAUGGCCUUCGGAAAUCUGGUCUCGGAACUGGAAGAGCCGCUAGAAUGCGUCUUUCGCAGAGAUACCAUUUCUCGAAUCCGGGAUAUCGAGGGCUCAUUACGAGUUAAGGCGGAAUCCGAGCUUCGCGAACGGGGGAUUGGGGAUGCAGACGACAUCGAGUUCAAGGUCGAGAUUCUUAUGCACUAUGAAGGUUCCGAUACCAUCAUCGCGAUCUCGAAGCCGGAAAAUGAGUUGGAGCUCACAACGAAGUUUGCAGACGUACACAAGAAGAAGUAUGGCUUCAUAGCAGCACGGCCGGUAGUUGCCUGCACCGUUCGAUUGCGUGCAGUCGGGGUCAAGAAACCUCCCAGUGAUCUAUCUCCAGCCCAGCAACUUGCACGCCUAGGGGAGAUCCGAGCUCCAUCAUGCGAGGCGAGGGUGAUGAGUAAAGAUGUCUAUUUCGGGGAGCGCGGUUGGCAGCGCACUCCAGUAUAUCGCCUUGAAAGCUUAAGAACAGCCGACCGAAUCGAAGGACCAGCCUUGAUCGUCGACAACACCCAAACCAUUCUCGUGACCCCGAAAGCGCAAGCAACAAUUCUGAGGAGCCAUGUGGUGAUCGACAUAGAUUCGCCAACGGCACGUCUAGCCGCUCAAAAGAUAGCGAUUGACCCUCUCCAAUUUGCAAUAUUCGAUUAUCGAUUUUCAUCCAUGAUGAAGAAGAUGAGACGAAUGCUGCGGAGGACAGACAUGAGCGAUGAGAUGAAGAAACACUUGAAGUUAUCGUGCGGCAUCUUCUCUGCAAAUAGCAGAUUGAUCGCCUGCGCCCCCUUCGGUCCAUCGCACAUCAGCACCUUGAAAUGUGCCGUGCAGUCCAACCGCGGAAAUUGGAAGCACAAGCUACAAGACGGAGAUAUUCUUGUGUUCAGGCAACCCAGAUUGUGCGGGAGCACUCCUCCUCUCGAUAUUACUGUGGUCACCCCUGUAUUCCAUGGCGGCGUCAUCGCAUUCUACUGCGCGUCCAGUGGUAUAUAUACCAGUUCAUCAGAGUUGAUAUCGAAGGAGCCCUGGCAAGAGCACGGAGAGAUUAUACCAGCUGAAUUAGUGCAGGACGGCGCCAUCAACGAAGAGAGUAUCGAGAAGUAUGUCCUGUCAGAGCGCAAUCAACAUUGCGACUGCAGUGAUUCGAGCUAUAAGGCCGACAAUCUUGACAACCUUCGUGUCUUGGUUGACGCGAACCAGCAAGGACGGGAAGCUUUAACGAAGCUCUUGAAGGGUCAAGAAAUUAAUGUAGUAUCGGCGUAUGUCAAGGCUUUGGAAAGAAGGCCCGAGACCGCGGUUCGUCAGCUGUUAAGAAUUGUUCACGACAAACGUGGCGGUAGGCCGUUAGUCGCGACCGAUUUGAUGAGUGAUGGUAGUCCCAUGUGUCUGAAAAUCACGGUUGAUUAUGACAAGGGAGAAGCCGACUUUGAUUUCACUGGCACUGCCAGGACUAAUUUUCCUGCACACGUGGCUCAAGCUGCCAUAAUGUACUUGUUGCAUCAUUGGAUCCAGGGAGAUCUCCGGUUCAGCCAGGGUUUACUCAACCCAAUUAACAUCAUUCUUCCAUCACAAGCUGGAACAACGCCAAUGCCUCAGUCUGGUGACGCCAUGAGGCAAAGACGGGUCGCCUCGCAUCACGUUCUCGAGUUGAUGUCGCAGUGCUUUGACCUCUAUUCCAGUGGACGUCUUCAUAACCUGAUGUUCAGCGUUAGGGGCUGCAUUGCUCCCGAUGGGACGUACAUACCAGGCUUCAUGCAUCAAGAAACAAUUGUUGGGGGGGCCUGCGCUGGUCCUGACUGGCACGGGCAAAGCGCUAUGGAAGUAGGCACAACGAAGACACGAAUCAUUGAUGCCGAGCUAUUGGAAAGACAGUACCCUUGCCUAGUCUGGGAGUUCAGUGUCCGGCAUGGCAGUGGUGGACGGGGUCAGUUUUAUGGUGGCGAUGGGUGCAACAGAGUGAUCGAGUUCUUAAGGCCCGUCAGCCUGACGGUCAUGUCAGAGUGUCAACCCCCAAGCUCGGAUGGUUUCCACGGGGGCUGUCACGGCGAGGCUGGCGUCAAUCUGUUGAUCAGGAAGGCCACUUCCGACUUGGAACCAAACCGGGUUGUCGACCUUGGCCCGAGAAGUACAACCAACGCACGCAAAGGUGACACUCUGAUCAUCCAGACAUCUGGGGGUAGUGGGUGGGGGGAACCAACUGCCAGCGAUGCGAGUGUGUACAGAAGGCGGAGUCAAUACGUUCUCUCUCCCAGGCCCUCUACCGCCUUGGUGACCGCAAACUCUCGCCAGCGAAACUUCGAGUACACUUAUUGCGAUUGCAGGUCGACUUUGGUACGCAGAUAUACACAGUGA